GGGACCAUGGUUUCGUUUUUAAGAGCUGAGCACUGUGGCGCAACUUCCCCUUUGUGUGUUUUGUGCUGCCCUGCAUGGGAGACCUCCUAGCCUGGGCUCAGCCCUCACCUCCAGAAAUUGCAUCCUUACUGCUGGGACAAGGUCUUGGAAGAGCUUCUGGAGAGUUACUGAAGGAGAGAAUAUUUACCAGGAGUGAUUAAAGACAAUGGAUCCAGACUUUUUAAAUGCAUUUACACAGCCUUCUACACUUGAUCGAUUCCUAACUGAAGAUGUCAUCGCUAAAGGCGAGAAGAGGAAACUCAUAAAACCAACCUCAAGCAACAACCCCAAACUGAAAGAAUUGAAAUUGUUCUUGAUUGAGUGGAUCAACAGAACUCUGAAAGAGGAACACAUAGUCGUUAAAAGUCUGGAGGAAGACCUGUAUGAUGGGCUGGUACUUCAUCAUCUCCUGGAAAACUUAGGAUCUCCCAAGCUGGAUGUUGAGAAGAUUGCAUUAACAGAAAAAAAACAGCGAAAGAAACUCUCAGCGAUUCUGGAAGUCGUGGCCAAGUGUUUGCAACUGGAAGAAAGUCAGCUGAAAUGGAGUGUGGAAUCUAUCUUGGCAAAGGACUUACUGAGCACACUGCAUCUUCUUGUUGCAAUAGCAAAGCACUUUGAACCCACCCUGGCUCUGCCUCCAAAUGUUCAAGUGGAGACAAUCACCAUCGAGACCACCUCUGGAGGAUUAAAGACAUCAAAUGCGGUGGAAUAUAUCACAGAAAACAAAAAGAAUAUAGAAGCGCAGUCAAAAGAUGAUGCCUUUGAUGAAUUAUUUGGCUGUGAUCCAGAUAAACUGGAUGCUGUAAAAAAGGCACUUUUGCAAUUUGUUGACCAGCAUGUUGGAAAAUUAGGAUUAAAUGUGGAAGACAUCGAAUCUCAGUUUUCAGAUGGGGUUAUCUUACUUCUCCUAAUCGGACAACUAGAGGGCUACUUUCUGAAUUUAAGGAAUUUCUUCCUGACUCCGGCCAGCACCAUGGAAAUGCUCCAAAAUGUUAACCUGGCACUGGAUUUGCUAGCAGAGGGAGGACUUCUGAAUUUUCCUGUGAACUCUGAAGAUAUUGUGAACGGAGAUACGAAGGCUAUAAUGCGAGUUCUGUAUUGCUUGUAUUCCAAAUACAGAACCAAAGAAGCAUGAAGAACAAGGCCAAGAGCUUGAGCUGCCCUUUUUUUGGUGUUUUUG